AUGCCCUGCUCGGAAGACCUGAGCCCUGGCGAGGAGGGCCAGCUCUACCUGCUCAGAGAAUCCUGUCUCCUAGGGGCUGUCACUGUGCCCUCCCCAGAAAGGAAGGGCUCCACCCCUGCCGGGCACGCCCUCGUCCUGCUUCGGGGCCUGUGGCAGUGGCAGUGGCAGUGGUGGCACAGUUACAGGUACCGCUUCCUACCUUGGGUCAUGCUGAACAUAAAUCACAACCCCAGGACCCUCCGGUAUGCUCCAGAGGAAUUUAAAGACAAAGUUAUCUCAAAUGAAGAUGUCCUAGGAACAUUACUGCAUGUUUUCCAGACCCUAUGCUUAAAUGAUCUCAAUCCCCAGUUGGGUAUCUUGACUGUGCUUCCAGAACCCGUUCAAUCGAAAUACCAAGACCUGCUGUCAGUUCAACAUCCAAGGGUGAACGUGCUUGAACACAGACAUCAUCAGCAAAAUAUCUUUAAACCAGAAGAAAUUCUUUAUAAGACAUUGGGUUUCAGUGUUGCCCGAGCAACUAGCUCAUUGGUUUCCGCUGGAAAAGGUGUCUUCAUUACUAAAGGACUGGCACCAAAAGGCGCCGUUGUAUCCAUGUACCCUGGUAAUGGCACAACUAGUACUUUGCCAAGACUUUCUUAUAUACUGAUGAACAUAAGUUAAAAAAAAUAAUAAUAAUAACUAGCCCUGUAAUCCUUACCGUAAGAAUUUGCAUUGGAAAUUCAGAUUUCCAGAUUUUUAAAUCCCAGUUUGGAAAUUAACUGCUUGUAAUUAUCUUAUGUUAGCAAGUAUCCAUGCAUAUGUGUUGGGAUAUAUGCACUCUCCUUUUAAGGAAAUUUUCUACUCAAUGUUUAAAUUUAGGAGAAUAUGGUAUGGCCUGCUUUGAUCACACUUGUUACUUAGAAAGCACUAGAGAAUAAGUCAGUUUGGUUUAGAUAAAUG